AUGGAUAUUCUAUUAAAAGUGAAAAUUUUCUGCACAUUGGCUAUUGUUCUUGGGCUAAUAUGUGCGAAGCAUGUUGCAUGUUCGAGGCACAGGCAAUAUCAUCCUGGAAGGAAAAUGAGUUCUGGGGAUAAUAAUAACGAGGAUCUUGUAACCAGCUUUCCUGGUCAGCCUCAUGCAGAUUUCCAGCACUUUGCUGGCUAUGUCACUGUGAACGAAACUAAUGGAAGAGCACUCUUUUACUGGUUCUACGAGGCCAUCACCAACCCUCAGGAGAAACCCUUAGUCCUUUGGCUUAAUGGAGGACCUGGGUGCUCUUCUGUGGGAUAUGGAGCAACGCAGGAGAUUGGUCCUUUUUUAGUGGACAGUGAUGGCCAGGGUCUUAAAUAUAAUAACUUCUCAUGGAACAGAGAAGCCAAUGUUUUAUUCGUGGAAUCUCCUGUUGGUGUCGGCUUUUCCUACUCAAACACAACCAGUGAUUAUGAACAUCUCGGAGAUGACUUAACAGCGAAUGAUGCUUACAAUUUUCUGCACAAGUGGUUUCUCAAGUUUCCAUCUUACAGAACCAGGACAUUUUACAUAGCAGGAGAGAGUUAUGCAGGAAAGUAUGUUCCUGAGCUUGCUGAGCUCAUCGUUGAUAGGAAUAUGGAGCCUUCGCUUCAUAUUGAUCUUAAGGGUAUCCUGCUGGGUAAUCCAGAAACAUCUGACGCUGAGGAUUGGAUGGGUAUUGUGGAUUAUGCUUGGAGCCACGCCGUGAUAUCAGAUGAGACACACAGAGAAAUCAGAGAAAGUUGUGACUUCAAAAGCAGUAACCCAUGGAUUAACCAAACUUGUUGUGAUGCUGUGGAUGAAUUGCUUGCUCAGUACCACAAGAUUGAUAUGUAUAGUCUCUAUACUCCUGUCUGCUUUGCCACUGCUGCUCGUUCCAAUGAUCAAUCUACAAAAAGCGUCAUGAGUUAUAAGCGCACAUUGAAAAUGAUGCCUAGGAUCAUGGGUGGUUUCGAUCCAUGUUUGGAUGAUUAUGCCACAGCUUUCUAUAACAGACCAGAUGUUCAGAAGGCGCUUCAUGCCAGCGAUGGUCAUAGCCUUAAGAAUUGGAGUAUUUGCAACUACAAGAUAUUCAACAACUGGGAAGAUUCAAAGCCAUCUGUUAUCCCAAUUUACAAGAAGCUUAUUUCGGCAGGACUUAGAAUCUGGGUUUACAGCGGAGACACCGAUGGUAGAGUGCCGGUACUGUCCACAAGAUACAGCUUAAGCACUCUGAAUUUGCGUAUCACCAAGCCAUGGAGACCAUGGUAUCACGAGAAAGAGGUAAGCGGGUGGUUUCAAGAAUACGAGGGGCUUACUUUUGCCACAUUUCGAGGAGCUGGACAUGAUGUGCCUAGUUUCAAACCAAGCGGUUCGCUUGCAUUCUUCUCCUCCUUUCUGCUCGGACAGUCCCCGCCAGAAACUAAAUAA